CUCACAGACAAAGGUUACCAAGAGAACAGGGAGAGGGGAGCACUGAUACUCCAACACUGGAAAUUAUAAAGUACAAGCUGCGGAUUGUCUUACAGCAGAAUUCCUUUGCAUCACAUUGUAGCUCUCGCUGUAAUCAGCUUCUCCAUGGCCUCUCCGAGCCUCAGCAGCAUCUUGACCCAUGCCAACCUCACCAUGUAUCAGGCCCCUGACGUCCUGCAGGUCAGCCAAUCGGCAUACAGCAGCGGCCAGUGGUACAGGCAUAUCAACCCUCACUGCUGGACAGCAGACAACGUUCUGGAGUGGAUCAGCGACCACGUGGAGAGCACUCGGUUUGAUGCGAGCAGCCUGAGUCUGGCCCACUGCGUCAUGGACGGCGCCGCUCUCUGCCAGAUGAACCGGGAAGAAACCACCGCCGUCUUCGGCCCGCGGCUCGGCCUCCACCUCCACCAGAGUCUGGAAGAACACAAGACCAAAUAUGAGCUCAUGUCCGGACCGGAGCUGAACGAGACCUGCCAGCUCCUUGACAACUUCCUGGACAACCUAAACUUCCCUCUGCUCAGCACCAUUAGAUUUGGCCAAGCUGAAGGAGCGGUCAACAAGAGAGAGUUUGACUACAGGGAUGAUGAGUACAACUUCACCAGUCUCACCAUGGAGCCCAAGACCCCUCUGGGAGACAUCGGGUACCUGUCUGACAGCGAGUACAGCUCCUCCUCCAACAGUGGCACGUCCGACUCCUCAAGCCUCGACACGCAGGAGUCGGGCAGCGGCGAGUCCGACCCAGAGUUCUCCUACCCUCUCAUUUCAAAAGCAAACAUCAAAACAGAAAACGGGGAGUCUCGACUAAAGCGACCACGUGGGCGACCUCCCAAGGUCAGCAGAGAGCACACCAGCAGCAUGUUUGACACUCCCAAAAAAAACAAACACGCGCCCCGAGGAACUCACUUAUGGGAAUUCAUCAGGGACAUCCUGAUCCACCCUGAGAGGAACCAGGCCCUGAUGAAAUGGGAGGACCGGCGUGAGGGCGUCUUCAAGUUCCUCAAGUCCGAGGCCGUGGCUCAGAUGUGGGGCCAGAAGAAGAAGAACAGCAGCAUGACGUAUGAGAAGCUCAGCCGGGCCAUGAGGUAUUACUAUAAGAGGGAGAUCUUGGAGCGAGUUGAUGGCCGGAGGCUUGUUUACAAAUUUGGAAAGAACUCGAGCGGCUGGAAGAUUGAGGAAACUGGCAUUUGAGGCAUCAGUCACCAAAUGGGUGGAAACCAAACGGCCAAUGAGAGCAGUAGUUCAGGAACUAUAACCCAUUGUGUGGCUGGUCUGGAACAAAACAAUAAUUCUUCCCAUGAUGUUUAAGACACUAACUUCCUCUUAGAAGGAAGGUGUUGCAGAAAAUGUAAGCCAUUGUUUUUGGCUCUAGUAGGUUUUAUGAACCAAUAUUAAUGUUGUGUUUGUCACUGCAGAAAGUGUGCAGCACCUAAAAUAGUUAUUGUUUUGGAUGCUUGUGAAUUUCUGUAAGCACAUAGAGGCUGAAAAAGUAAAAUUUUUAUAAUUGUACAGAAUGAACCGGUGAUGCAGGACGACUUCCUCUACUGUCCCCCCAGAGUCUGUUUGGGCAUUAAUGACUGGAAAUGUUAUCAUCCUCUUUUUCUUACUUUCAUAUAUUGUUGUUGUUGUAAAGGUUGAAACGUUCACCAUCUAUUUCCUAUGUUCAUUUAAAAUCAGCUGUGGAACUGAAUUAGA